AUGAUAUCUCGUAAUUGCUUGCGGCAAUGCCGUGCAGUAGCUGGGUGCAUUUCCCGUGUGCGCCCAGUCCCUCUGCACCGCCUCGCUCCAUCUAGACAGAACGUUCAGACCUUUGCCUCCGUACCCGAUGCGAAAAAUAACGCUGCCAUUCUCUCAGAGUCUCGCGAAGAGGCCGAGCAUGCGUCUCCUUUUAAACAGCAACGCAGGUCAGAUUUGGGCAAAGACCAGGCGAGUGAAUCGCCUCUCUACCCCGAAUCGUAUCCUCGCAUAGAGCCGUUCGAGGGUCGCAUGUCCGUCCCAGAGUUUCUUGAAAGUGAAGAGACGGAAUUGUCUCAACCUCUCAUCAAUCUGGUUGGCCGUGUGCGCGCUAAGCGGGUCGUGGGCAAGAAUCUCGUCUUUCUUGAUAUAGUAAACGAGUUUCAAAAAGUGCAAAUCGUGGUGAAUAAGUCCAAGUGUGUCGAACCCCUCGACAAUGUCUGUACACACAACUCCAAGAAGUUUCAGCUCUUCAGGUCACUCAUCCAAGUCGGCGACCACAUAUCCGUCAAUGGUGUUCGUGACCACACGCCCGCUGGUCUGUUGACCCUGGCCGCGAGACAAAUCCCCGAGCUCCUGUCGCCAACCAUGGAGCAAAUCCCCGAAGUCCUCACCGACUCCAAGACCAAGAUGCAGGAUCGCCACGUAGACAUGCUUGUCAACAAGGAGACUGUCGAUAUCCUCCGCCUUCGUUCCGAAAUCACCAAGCACAUGCGCGAUCACUUUCACUCCAAGCGAUUUCUCGAAUUUCAGACGCCAAUCCUAGCCGAGAAUGCUGGAGGUGCCAUCGCUCGACCAUUCGUCACGCGCGCCACCGAAUUCAAAGACAAGGACCUGGCACUUCGUGUCGCGCCAGAACUAUGGCUAAAAAGACUUGUUGUUGGUGGCAUUGACAGAGUCUUUGAGAUUGGUCCUGCCUUUCGCAACGAAGGCGUCGACGCCACCCACAAUCCCGAAUUUACAAUGUGUGAAUUUUACAGUGCAUACUCUAGUCUGCCAGAUCUGAUCAAGGAGACGGAGGAGCUCCUUACCAGUCUCGCCAAGCAUACACAGCAGCUGAUCAGAACUCAACUCACAUCUCUCCCGCCAAUCGACCUGCAAAAGUUCAAACGGCCAUUCAAGCAAGUCGAGUUCGUGCCUGCUCUGGAACUAGCUACUGGCGUUCGCUUCCCGAAGCUAUCCGCCGAGGAUGCGCUGCCAGAAUUGCUCGCUCUCAUGAAACUGGCGGGCAUCGAAAUUCCUGGCGAUAUCCCUACCUCACUGCCUAGGCUCCUCGAUCGACUGGCCGCCAUGUACAUAGAGCCCAAGUCGUUCGAAGAGCCUCUCUUCAUCACAAACCAUCCGGCCUGCAUGUCGCCUUUGGCCAAAAGCUUCCUUUGUCCAAGGACAUACCAGUUGGUGUCGGCGCGUGCUGAGCUAUUUGUCGGAGGGCGAGAACUCGCCAACAUGUAUGAGGAGGAAAAUGACCCCAAGGAGCAGCAGCGUAAGCUUACCUCGCACCGCAACCUGGUCAACCUUGAAGAUGGCGACAUUGGCAUCAACGCCCCGGAAGUGAAGCCACUAGAUGAUGAGGCGCACCAGCACGAAGUGGCUGCAGAAGAUGGGGCAGAGGCGGAAGAGGAGGGAGAGACAGAUCAAGAAGUCUUCAACAAGCAUAUGAGGAGACCUGAGGAGGAAGACGAGUGGGCUACAUCGCCGCUUGAUCGAAGCUACAUCAAGGCACUAGACUACGGCUUACCACCUACUGGUGGCUGGGGCUGUGGUGUUGAGCGUCUCGUCAUGCUGUUUUCUGGCGCCAGUCGUAUUAGCGACUGUCUGAGUUUCGGCACGAUCCGCAAUGUCGUUGGAUUAUCGUCGGACGCGGCUCACAAGGAAGGUGGCAAGUCCUGA